UAUUCAAAGAUGGCGGCGGUGAAGGCUUUUGCUGUACUGCGGCAGAGCUUGACGCGGUGGCACCAAUGGUCCGGCGCGCGGCUGGCCCCGCUCCGCGUUUCCAGAAGGAACAUCCUCGGGCUUUCUUUCCGCUCAGGUGAAAAGGGUUCAGACCUGGGUGCGCUUGGACACCUGUCUCCAUUCAGCCCGCAGUGGUCUACUGGGAGCAGAUUGGGCACAGGGACGGUGUGGAGACCAAGCAGGUGCUACAGUUCUACUGCUGAAGCAGCCGCCGCUAAAGCAGAGGACGACUCUUUUCUCCAGUGGUUCCUGCUUCUCAUCCCUGCUACUGCUUUUGGCCUGGGGACUUGGCAGGUCCAACGUCGGAAAUGGAAGCUAAAACUGAUUGCAGAAUUAGAGUCUCGAAUAAUGGCUGAGCCCAUUCCUCUGCCUGCCGACCCAUUGGAACUGAAAAACCUGGAGUACAGGCCAGUGAAGGUCAGGGGGCACUUUGACCACUCCAAAGAGCUGUACAUGAUGCCUCGGACCAAGGUGGACCCUGCUCGAGAGGCCCGUGAUGCUGGCCGAAUCUCCUCCUCAAUGGAAAGUGGAGCCUAUGUAGUCACUCCUUUCCACUGCUCUGACUUGGGAGUUACCAUCCUGGUUAACAGAGGGUUUGUUCCCAAGAAGAAAGUGAGUCCGGAAACCAGACAGAAAGGCCAGGUUCUUGGAGAAGUAGACCUAGUUGGCAUAGUGAGGCUGACAGAAACCAGGAAGCCCUUUGUCCCCGAGAACAGUCCAGAACAAAAUCACUGGCAUUAUCGGGACCUGGAAGCUAUGGCCAAGAUAACAGGCGCAGACCCCAUUUUCAUUGAUGCAGACUUCAAGAGCACAAUCCCUGGAGGACCCAUUGGAGGGCAGACAAGAGUCACUCUUCGGAAUGAGCACAUGCAGUACAUCAUUACCUGGUAUGGACUGUGUGCAGCAACAUCAUACUUGUGGUUUCAAAAAUUUGUGCGGCGGACACCAGGUGUGUGAAGUUAACAAACCUGUUCCUAUAAAAUAAAGAUUGUUAUUUUUAAACCCUG